AAGGUUGGAGUUGGCAGACAGUCUUCGUUAACAGGCAGGAACACGUGUAACAGCGGUGGGCGGAGCAGAAAACUAUAAACACCAACUACCGUCUUCUACUAGCUAUGACUUAACUGCUAUAGCCGCUAGUACCACACAUGGUACCUAGCUAAGAUUAGAAAAAAAAAUGUUGUUUUUUUUUGCACAAAAUAACUGAUGCGCAAAAUGCGAUGCUAUCCACACGUUUAUCUCCUGUGCACGGUAUUUACAUUCUUCUCCUUACUGUAUAUGUACAGUCAGCUUGCCUCCACCUUGGAGGACAGGGACCAGCGGUCAGGAGGAGGCAGGAUAUCCGGCAGGAGCAGUCAUGACGCCGGGCACACUCUCAGGAAAAGACCAGGAGUGUUAGGCCUUCGGGACCGAGAGUGGGGACAGAACAGGUGUAAAUCACUGUCAGUCUCUUACUGGAAUCCAUAUUGGAGACUACCUGCUGAUGAUGUUUGUGGAGUGAACUGCUUAUUGGAAUCACCUCUUGGUGAGAAGUUGAGCUCUGCCACAAAAGCACCUAAAAAUGACAGAAGUCACCUAGCCGUGGUGGCCUGCGGCGCCAGGCUGGAGGAAACUCUCACCAUGCUGAAGUCUGCCAUCCUCUUCAGCAGAAAGCCUGUGCACAUCCACAUCUUUGCCGAGGAUGAUCUGCAUUACGGCUUUAGAAAUGCUAUGGAAAUGUGGCCUGUGGCAAUCCGGACAAAGUUUACAUUCCACAUCUAUCCAAUCAUGUUUCCUGAGGAGAAUGCAAGCGAGUGGAAAAAGCUUUUCAAGCCUUGUGCCUCUCAGAGGCUGUUUCUGCCGCUAAUCUUAAAGCAGGUGGAUUCUUUGCUUUAUGUAGACACAGAUAUUCUUUUUCUGCGUCCAGUGGAAGACAUCUGGGGCCUACUUUCUCAGUUUAACGUGAGCCAAUUGGCUGCCAUGGCACCGGAGCACGAGGAGCCUCGUAUUGGCUGGUACAACCGUUUCGCUCGUCACCCUUACUACGGCAAGACGGGCGUCAACUCAGGGGUCAUGCUCAUGAACAUGACGCGCAUCAGGGAAAAAUUCUUCAAGAAUGACAUGACAGCUGUAAUGCUUCAGUGGGGGGAAAUUCUGAAGCCUCUUCUUCAAAAGUAUAAACUCAAUAUCACCUGGGGGGACCAGGAUCUCCUUAACAUCAUAUUUCAUCACAACCCUGAAAGCCUGUACGUGUUUUCCUGCCAGUGGAACUACCGUCCCGACCACUGUAUCUAUGGCAGCAACUGUCAACAAGCUGAAGAAGAAGGUGUCUUUAUUCUCCAUGGUAACAGAGGAGUUUAUCACAACGACAAGCAGCCUGCUUUCAGAGCCGUCUACGAGGCAAUCAAACAGGAGCAUCUUCAAAGGGCGUCUCUGGUGUUUAGGCUCACUGCAGCACACAAUGCGCUUGCUCUUCUCGGAAAUAAUGGUUGCCAACAAGGGGGCAGGAAACUCUUCUCUCGCCCUAUAAACAGCUAUUUUGAGGCAAUUUGUUUCACUUCUUCCAAUCAGACUGCAACUCUGAGGCGGCUGUGGAAGUACGAUACUCCAUCUUCAUGAUCGUUCCCUCCCACACGGAGAAACGCUCAUUAAACCAGAAGCAACGUUCUGAGAAAGAAAUCACUGAAAGACUGGAACCGAAAGGAGGUACGGUGCCUUGCAACGGUUUUCAUAGGACUUUGGCUCCUUCAGAUAUUAUUAGAUGUUUUGGGGAAAAAAAAUUUUAAAAUCCAAAAAUCUGAAAAGGUCUGGUAUGCAUUUGUUAUUAGCGGAUUUUGCUAGCUAGCAGAGGAAGGUGGCACAAUUGAUAAGAUCAACUAAUAGCAUCAACAAUUCAAUCCCCCUUAGGGUUGUUACAGAACAUUAGUGAACAAACGGCAUCAUGAGCACAGCUGUCAGCUAGGUCCUGAUGACAUGAUGAUGCUGCUGGUGGCAGCAUCAUGCUGUUGGGAAGCCGGUCAGAGUUGAUUGGACGACGUUCACCUUCCAGCUGGGUGACGCUAUCCAGAACUUUACUGAAAUAGUCUAGGUAUUUUAAAAACAUAAUAAUAAUAAUAAUUGAAAGGUUAAUUUAUUUCAGUAACGUCAUUCAAUAAGUGAAACACAGUAUAUAGAUGAGACUGUUGUUUUCAACUUUUGCAAUAAUAACAUACAUUACAUUUUCUGGUCGUUAUAUAUAUAUAAAAAGAAAAGGUGCAAGGGUUAUGAAUAUAUAAGCAAGGCACUGUAACUAGAAGACGGGAGUUAAGAGGCUUUUUUUUCACAAAGAGUUACCACCUUUGGAAAAAAAGAAAUAAAAUAAAAUAAUUGAUGCUAUUACUUUGUAAGUGAUCAAUAAAAAACCAAAGUUGUAAGUUCUGUUAAGAAGGAAAAGCCUUUUAUCACUGGCUCCUUUCACUUAUAAAAGAUCAGAGUGUGUAAUAUUCUCCUGUACACAUUCAGUCAGUUCAUCUGAAUGCAGCUCUGUCCUUUUCUUACUUUUUUUUUUUUAACAAAAUAAACACAUAUAUUGCUGUCAAAAACCAAAGUGGGCUGAGAUUUAUAUUCAGCUCAGCUCUCAAAGCCAACACCUUGCAUGGUUGGGGAAAACUUUAAAUGAAGCCAGGGAGAAAGUUGAGGAGAAUUGUGAACAGUAUUUGAAAAGAAACGUUGUACAAAAACAAAGAACAAGUCUUUUUCUUUUUUUUUUUGUGCGUCAGAGCCGUCUUGUUCUCGGCUUCUUUGAGGUUAGCCGAAUAACACACUCCACUACGAAAAACACACUCGGUUUUUUUUAUUUUUUUUAUGCCUUUCUUUGCUUGGUGGUCAUCUCAUCUUGGCAGCUGACAGCAGAAUCACGCAAGUUAGAUCAUCUGUUUGGGUAAUGUAAUUUGUGUCUGAUGAGAGUUCAAUUUUGAAGUACCGCAAGCAAUAAAGAGACCCGCUUUGCUCACAUGAAUACUAAAGUAAAUCAUAAAUUGGUGGAUGAAUAUGAAAUGUCACAUCUGAUUCAGGCUGAGAAGCGCAACAUUGCACCGGGGUCCUCUGAUCUGGAUAGAUGAUUGUUGGUUUCUACAACAGAGUUUAAUAUGUAAAUGAGAAACUUCAAAGAAAUGAAAUAUUCCUGGAAUAUGCAUAGGGCUUUUGCCCUGAGAGGUUUAAAAGUUUCAUUUUUCAAACAGCUAGCAUUCAAAACUUUAGCAUUUGGGAGAAAACCAGCAAAAGGGAGUCGGAGGGUUUAUGUGUCUACCAUGUUUUUAUGUGAAGAAAACCUACUUUGGGGAAGACAACGUGUCUAUAGUAUACCCUCACUUCUCCCCUGUUUAUCCCUGAAGAUAGGCACUAAUCCUUUACAACUCUGCAGGAAUUACAAUGGAUGGAUGGAUGGAUUCGGUUGCUUAGCUCUAUCAUUUUCUACCACCUUGGGAGGUGAUUCCCACUUUGACUCAGAGGUCUCCAGUUCAUAUUCCACAUG